AUGAAAGAUCAGCUAAUACUGUACGGUCUCGCACUAUCCAUACUGCUGCUGCAGGAUGCGCUGCCCCUUGAGGCCAAGGUCUUCAAAAUCAACAAAAUGGAGUGCCGCACGCUGGAUCCAACAUUUGCGCUGAUCAAAACCUGCAAAGUGGUGCGCAAGGAGAACGGCAGGGCAGCCCUCUAUCUCCAUAUAACAAUGCCAUACAAGGGACCCAUCGAUGACGUCAUCUUAAGUUUGGGCGUCAUCAAAGUGUUGAAGAAUCGUCACUUUCAAAUUGUCAACGAAACAAUGGACUUUUGUGCUUUUAUGCGCCAGCGUUUGCAGUCCGGAUUCAUGGGGUUCCUCGUCACUCCCUUGCUCAAGGUCACAAAUAUCAAUAAUUCGUGCCCGUUGCAGCAAGACUACAUUUUCAAUGGUUUCCCCAUCGAUGAGACCACACUGAAGGAAAUACCCGUACCAAACGGGGUCUACAUGCUCCAUGUGCGUACAUCCAUGCUCAAGAAGUGGCGAACUGACAUUAAAGUCUACACAACUCGGGUUGAUAACUAUUCAUAA